AUGGCUGGCAAACCAUACUCCGGCUACUACCUGAAGCCUGCCAUUACGGAAGCCACGGAUAAAACUGUUGAAGUUGCGGCUCGCUAUGGCAUUGGUGGCUAUGCUGCUGCUCUUCCAUGGACUUCAAGGCACAGUAUUCUUCGCAAAGAGUAUGGGAGUUCCAUUAUUAUUGGUUCCUCCAGCUUCGCCCAGUCGGAAUCGAAUACUGGCACAAUUGAGGUGGGUCCGCUGCCCGAGGACGUUGUAGCUGCCUUGGAGGCGCUUUAUUAUGAAAUUGGUGAUGAGGUGCAUUACCAUCUAUAG